AUGGUUAAGUCGUUUACAGAUGAGCAGUUGAACUUUUUCAAGUUUUCAACCAUUGUCGUCGAUGAAUUCCCGAAAGCUUUACGCCAGACAUUCAAACUUAUGUGGGACAAUAAAUUCAAAUCAGGACCGAUCUGGGAUGACUCUAUAGUUGUGAGAAAAUUACUUCUGACAAAAGAGAGGUGGAAAGCCAAUUGCAAAGUUCCCACAAACAAGUCCUACGAGGAGUGGGAUUGCACCGCUCUGUUUCAAGCCACUAUCUACGCGCAAACUUUCGCUUUACCAGUUAGCAAAGGUAAACCUAAAACUCUUAGUGAGUUGUACGUAAAGCCUCGCCCUAUAACUCAUGGAAGUUUCCACACCUCUGUAGUAAGUCCGAGUGGAAACAAAGAGGAAACAUUUGCUCUCGCGGUUGAUCAGCUGCGACUCUUGCGAAACUCGUUUUGUCAUUCGACCACUUCAACGAUGGACAAAAAACUGUUUGACUAUUACGUUAACCUCGCCAAAGAUGCGUUCAAAGCUCUUGGAGUAUCAACAGACUCGAUUGAUGCCGUUGGAAAUAUGCCUGAGUCUCACUUCCCCACUGAAGAGGUUGCCAGGCUGACGCAGAAACUAAAGAUCAUAGUCAUGAGAUCUAGUGUGUGUUUUGGUUAG